AUGUAAAAAGCAAUUGAAAAAUCAUACAAAGUUAGGUAACAAGAAUAAGCAACUAAACCCAUUAUUAGAUCUUCUAGCAUAGGAAAUAAUUUCAGCUCAAGAAAUAGCAAUCAAAUUAAUCCUUUGCAUUCUCAGUUACAACAGUGGCAUUAAAAAAAGAACACUCUCAGAGCCAUAGAUAAUGCCAAGUUAAUAAGCUAGACAAGCACUUCAUUUUUCGGCAAAGAUUACAGAUCCCAUUCAGUCGACCCAGUUUAAAAGAAAAAUGCAAGACUUGAUUUUCUAGAUAGCUAAAAUCGAGAUUCAGGAUCUAGACUUAAUGUAAACUAAAUCAAUACUCAUAAAGAAAAGAAUAUAAAAAUAAGAGAAAUUAAAAAGAAAAUCACCAAUCUUCCUGAAAUAUACUAAAAGUUUAUGCUACCUUAAGAGGAUAAUAGUUAAGACCAGUCCCAAAUGAAGACUGCUAUGACGCUUCAUCAUAGGAAUUAACAAGCAGAUCAAAUAAUUUCCUAAUAUGCUUCUAAAACAAUCUUUAACAACAAGAAGAAAUCGAUAAUGAAUAAAACGUUUAUGUUUAACAACAAUGAUCUAGAAAAGGGGAGAUAAUUGAUGUUUAACGAGACUAUUACUAGUGAUUUCAAUAAUGGUGAAAAGUUGCAUCAUUUUAAUACAUUUGUACUACAUAACGAGUCUAUAGAUGAAAAUGAUGAGGAAAAAUCAGAUAUGACUACAUCUUUAAAGAACAUAAUGGAAGAAUCAAUUGAUUUUAAUUAAAACAAUACCACUAAAUUGGUUGAGGAGACGCAAAAUGAAAGAUUUAGACAGAUCAAGGAACCUAAUUAUAAACAAUGUGAAAGAUUGGUAUGUUUCUGCAGGAAUUAAGGCUAUGGGCCUUGUAAGGAUCAUCAAUUGAAAGAUCCCAAGACAUAUGAGAUUGAGAAAGUGAUAGACUUAAUCCAGGAAUAAAUGGAUAGUUUUAGCAACUUAUGUGAUAAAAACCUAGAUAGAGAAUUAGAUUACAUCAAUAAGGGAAUUACCACUAUUUGCAUAUCGAGAACUGACGCAGAGAUAAACAAUUUCAAAGAGUAAUUGACAUUUGACUAAAGUUUCGUAGAAGAUCUAAUUCAAAAAAAUUAGCAACUAUAAUAAAGUUUUUCUAGACUUUAAGAAAAGUAUGAAUCAUAAAAAGAACGAUAAGAGAAAGCCUUCGAAAAACUAUCCAAAUUGCGUAGUGAAUAUCAGCUUUUGUCAAACGAAAACCAUAUAUUUAGGAAAUAUUAUUAGAAGAAUGUCCUAGAAUUUAAUAAAAGAGAUAUUUAUGAGAAAGAGCUUGAUGAUAUAUACACUGAUUUCAAUAAGGGAAUGAAUAUGAAGGAUUAGUUUAUUGUGAAAAAUAUGGACGAGUUAGAGAGGACUGUUGAAUCCUUUACUUACUGUAAAAGCAAAGUCCUUAGGGAUUUCAUAAACAAGAAUCUUUGA